AUUUACUCAUGAAUAACUUUGAUCCAUAUAAUAAACUGUCACAACGGGAGAACUUAUUAAACAUGACGCGAUCCCUCGUUCAGGCUGCGGAUCUGUUUUUAUGCUGCGCUAAAGAACUUGAAUCUACAUUCCAAGCGUCAAAUGAUAGUUCAAAGAAGAUAUUGUAUAACUUAGUAAAUCGGUUUGAUCGUCUUGGUGCUCUGAUGUCUAUCAUAAAGAGCAUGAAGCACCCUGAUUCAUCUUUUCAUUACGUACAAAAGGACAAGGAAGAACGGAUCGUGAUGGCAAACACAGAUGACUUGGAUCGUCCUGUAAUUGAAGAAGAUGUCGCAGAAGGUAUAUUCGGAAUAACAAGGUUAGAAGACAAACAAGUGACAACACUAACAACGACGACGACAACAAUGCCCUUGGUUACACCUACGGCCAAGGCCUCGCAGGGAGCAUUGUCAGCACAAGAAUUUCUGGACCAAUUUGAGAUGUACGCCAGAACCUUUGCUCAAUCUGCCAAUAUGUCAAUCGGUCUUGUGUGGAGGGCGUUACUUGUGCACGCCGUGCCUCCUAAUCGUCUGUCCUGGGUUCAAAAUCAUCUAAUCAACAAUAAGCACAUGACAUGGGCCGAAGCCAGACAAGCCUACUUGAAUCAAUAUUCAGAUCAAGCCAAGUUGGCGACUCCGCGUCAAGAACGAUAUAUAGGAUACCUGCUUAAUUUAAAAAUGAAAGAUUAUGAUACCAUUCAAAAUUAUAACCAAAAGUUUUACACUUAUUCUACAAAUGCCAACAUGAAUCUGAGUGAGCCUUCACUGUUCAAGCGGUACAUUGACUCACUUACACCUCACUACCGAUCAAUCAUGACAGCAAUGAUGAAGGAUUCGACGAUACCUCAACCUACUACUCUAAAAGUAGUUAUGAAACGAACAGAACGAUUGGCUUAUGAAGAUAAACGAAAACAAGCAGCCUCCAUUUACGCAUCUCCUCCUUAUAACACUUAUGAUGAUUUAUGAAUUUAUUAGCUUACUAUAACUUUGUUUAGCAAGAUGUAAAAGAAAUAAAAACCAGAAACAAGAAAGGAAAAAGUUGUCAACAUAUGAAAGCAUAUAUGCACGCACGCAAAUGAAGGAAUUAGAGAAAAGGUUGGUCCUUAUUUGAAUAAAAACAGAAGCGUCUUUUUGUGUUUUAAUGAAUAUGUGUCACGAAAAGAAUAUCAAUUUAACCAAACCUAAAUGAUUCAUUAGGUCUCGGAAAUUGAAUGUUGCAUGAAUGUCAAAGAUACAAUCGCUGUUGGCUCCACUCCGGCUUCGGGUGUGGUUAGAGCGC